CCGGGCGGCGGCGGCGGGGCCGGAGCGGCGCAUCGGAGGGGACAAGACCAGGACAGGAGGGCACAGGCCGGCCGGCAGCGCCCCGCACACCCGCAACGAUGCUGUCCUGGCGGCUGCACACGGGCCCCGAGAAGGCCGAGCUGCAGGAGCUCAACGCCCGGCUCUACGACUACGUGUGCCGGGUGCGCGAGCUGGAGCGCGAGAACCUGCUCCUGGAAGAGGAGCUGCGCGGCCGGCACGGGCUGCAGGGCCCCGAGGCCGAGGGCCAGGCCCGCUGGGCGGAGGAGGCGCGCGGCUUGCGGCAGCAGCUGGACGAGCUGAGCUGGGCCACGGCGCUGGCCGAGGGCGAGCGCGAUGCCCUGCGGCGCGAGGUGCGGGAGGUGCGGCUGCUGGCGGAGGAGGCGCGCGCCGCCCGCCGCCGCCUGGACGCCGAGCUGGGGGCGCAGCGGCGGGAGCUGCAGGAGGCCCUGGGCGCGCGCGCUGCCCUCGAGGCGCUGCUGGGCCGGCUGCAGGCCGAGCGCCGCGGCCUGGACGCGGCCCACGAGCGGGACCUGCGGGAACUGCGCGCGCUGUCGGCCGGCCUGACCCUGAGCUACAGCGCCCGCGCCCUCCUCCCCGCCGCGCCCCCGCCGCCGCGCCUGCGGGAGGUGCAGGACAGCUACUCGCUGCUGGUGGCCGAGUCGUGGCGGGACACCGUGCAGGUGUACGAGGACCAAGUGCGCGAGCUGGAGGCGGCCCUGAGGUGCGGCCAGGAGAGCCGGCGCCAGGCCGAGGAGGAGAGCCGGCUGUGCGCGCAGGAGGCCGAAGCCCUGCAGCGCCAGGCGCUGGAGCUGGAGCAGCUGCGCGCGCUGCUGGAAGACGAGCUGCUGCGGAUGCGCGAGGCCUACGAGCUGCAGGCCCAGGAGCGGCAGAGUGCGAUUGCCCGCCUGGAGGAUGAGAAGGCUGCCCUCACCUUGGCCAUGGCCGACCGCCUGCGGGACCAUCAGGAGCUGGUGCAGGUGAAGACCAGCCUCAGCCUGGAGGUGGCAACCUAUCGAGCCUUAUUGGAAGGAGAAAGUAAUCCAGAGAUACGGAUCCUGGCGGAGCGCCUGGAACACCUGCCCCGAGAGCUCAGAACCACGGCCUACCAGUACCCCAACGCGGCGUUCCAGAGGGAAAUGAGGGAAAACGAGAGGAACCUGUUUCUGAGGCACAAGCCACCUCCCGGGAGGGUCCAUCGCAGCUGGGCAUGGCCCGCGCCGCCCACAGCCACGGGGCACGCCGCCAGGAGACGCUUCCCGGGCCCGGGAUCUCCUGCCCUGACCACCACCCGGCGUGAGACCGCCUACGAGAAAACCACCAGCAGCCAGGCCAGUUCCAGGACUUUCUCUCCAAUGUACGGGGGGCUCUCGAGGAAAGCUGAGGUUCCUGUGCAGACGUUCCCCGGGGGGCCGAGAACGGAAGGCACCAAGCCUCGUCUAGCCAGAGAGGCCAGCCCCGCCCGGGAGCCCUACCGCGUCCGCGGGGACCGAGGGGCGGCGGGUGCUUCCCAAAGCACCUGGUCCGAGGAGAGGAUCGUCGUUUUGGGGAAGAAAACGGAAGCUCCGGCCGCGAGGGAGCCGGAGAGAAACCGACCGGUGACGGUCCACGUGAGGCGAGAAGAGAAGAUGUUCGACUCGAAGGAGAAGGCUUCCGAGGAGCGGAACCUGCGGUGGGAGGAGCUGACCAAGUUGGAUAAAGAAGCGAGGCAGAGGGAGAGCGAGCUCCGGAGGGACAAGGCGAAAGGGAAGGAGUCCCCCCAGGAGACGGGCGUGCGCGUGCGAGAGGUACCGAUCCGCCUGGAAGUGUCCCGGGACAGCAGGGCGGAGGAGGGGCCCCCCCGAGGGGCCCGGACCCCCCUACCAAAGGAUGCAGGCGGCGGUCCUGGGGGAGGGAUGGGCACGACGAGAGAGACGAUGAGAGAGACGAGGUUCGGGUUGGACGCCAGGGACGCCAGGGGCUCGCUGGGGGGCGAGGCCACGACCGAAACCAUCGCCGAGAGCAUCGUGUCCAGCGUGCUGAAGCGGUUCACCCAGUCCCCCGAGACCGAGUCCCCGCCGGACACGAAGGUCACGUACGUGGGCAGGACGGAGCUUCCCGGGGACAAGAGAGCCAAGACGGAGAUCGUGGUGGAGUCGAGACGGACCGAGGAGGUGGACGUGCGGGACGGAGCCAGCCUGGACGCCCUCUUGAGCCCGGGCGGGAAGGCCGCGGUGGAGCUGAAGGGCAAGGCCACGGAGCGGGUGAUCGGAGACAUCCUCAGUCUUGGGCUGAAGGGCAGGGAGGGCAGAGCCAAGGUGAUCAACGUGGAGAUCGUGGAGGAGCCGGUGAGCUACGUGGCGGGCGCGAAGACGGAGGAGCUUUCCACCCCCUUCCGCGUGGAGGAGGCGGACGAUGCGUCCCCGGGGUUCGGGGAGGAGGAGGAGGAGGACUCGUAUGGCGAAAGGGAGGUCGCGUUCUCAGCGGAUCGACGUGAGAAAUCCAAGCGGCCCCCGGAGCAGGGGACGCGGGUGGAAGAAGUGACAGAGGCCGGCGACUCGGAGGAAGAGCAGAGCUAUUUCGUGUCCACCCCGGAGGAGGGCCCCGAGGAGCGCGGCUUCGGGCGCGACGAGGACGCGGGCUCGGUGUACGGGCAGAUCCACAUCGAAGAGGAGUCCACCAUCCGGUACUCCUGGCAGGACGAGAUCGUGCCGGCGUCCGGGAGGAGGCUCACGGGGCCCGGCGCGGCGUCCUCGUGGGGGGAGACGGUGGUGAAGCCCCCGGACGCUCCGGGAUCUUCUCCGGAGGCGGAGGUGGGCUCCCCGCACUGGAUCGAGGAGACGACCAGCGGCGAGUUCCGCGCCGAGGCCACGGUCAUCGACAAGGAGAUUAAAAUCCCGCACCAGUUCCACACGUCCAUCAGCCGGGACUUCAAGGAGCCCCGGCACCAGCUGGUGGAGGUGAUGGGGCAGCUGGAGGAGAGCCUGCCGGAGCGGGUGAGGGAGGAGCUGUCCGCCCUCACCAGCCAGGACCAGGCCGGGCUGGGCCACCUCUCGGUGGACGUGAAGAAAGUCCAGCCCUCGGGCGGCGGGGCCAUGACCCUGGUGGCCGAAGUCAACCUCUCCCAGACGGUGGACACUGACCAGUUAGACCUGGAGGAGCUGAGCAGAGACGAGGCGGGUGAGAUCGAGCGAGCCGUGGAGGCCGUGGUGCGGGACAGUCUGGCCAGGCGACGCAUCCCGGGGCCCGGGAGCCCAGACGGGGACGCGGGAGGGUCGGCACCGGCGACCGGCUUUGGCUUCAAGCGCUGGGCCACCCAGGAGCUGUACAGCGCCUCCGCGGAGGAGGAGGAUGCCGGCUGGACCUCUCACAGCUCCGAGACCGUCACCACGCAGGGGCCGGUGUCGGCCACCGUGGAGGUCACCAGCCCGCGGGGCUUUGCCCGCUCGCAUGUGCUGGAGGACGUCAGCGCGUCUGUAAGACACGUUAAAAUAGGCCCCUCUGGAGUUUGGAGGACCGAGCGGGUUCCCCCCGCAGGACCGCCUGCAGGACAGAUGGACGUGAGUCCCACGGAGGCGGCCCCCCGCUGGGCCCGAGAGGCCACGGUCCUCUUCGCCACGGGGACGGAAGGGGAUGCUCACAGCGGUACCUGGAGAGAGGCCAGCCGCGAGAGGGACCAGGCCGCGGGCGAGACCGCCUCCCAGGAGCAGGCUGUGUUCGACAGGACGGUGCAGCUGCAGAGGAUGGUGGACCAGAGGUCGGUGGUCUCGGACGAGAAGAAAGUGGCCGUCCUCUACCUAGACCAUCAGGGGGACGAGGAUGACGGACACUGGUUCUGAGAACGUCUUUGUUUCCGAUGGCGCUUGGUUUCGUCAGAUACCAACACACAGAGGCCUUGGCUCACUGUCAGCGGGGGUGGGCUGGGGGAGGGGUGGGAGUUCCCACGCUUCACUGAAACCUCCCCCUUCUUUUUCCAUUUCUCCAAAGAGGACGCCAGGUAAUGUCAGCUUUCUUUGCAGCCUGGAAAGGUGUUGAAUGAAUGAAUGAAUGAAUGAAUGAAUGUGUGUCUUAAAAGGCGCUGGAGUUUUUUAUCUUUGAGUUGGGGCUUUUCAAAAAUACCGUUUCUCUCUGUAGUCUUAAAAGUUGGUAUUUUUAAAAAUAUAUAUUUUAUUGAUUUUUUUACAGAGAGGAAGG